AUGCUUUUGCCACAGCCCUGCCCCUCAGAGUCCAAUCAACAGAUUGCAAUUUGGCUUCCAACACCCAGCAGCCUUGACACAAAUCGGUUGUGGCUGGAAAUGCGGGGAAGGCAAUGGCUUGUAAAUUGGUUUACAUUUUGCUCCUUGAAUUUUUCUAGGGUUGUAGUGCUUCCAGAUCAUUCAAUGACAUUGUUGGGCAUCGGUUACCUUUCAAUUGCAAUCCAUAAAAUAACAUUUAGAAAAUGCUUAGUAUUUAAGUGUAGCCUUCUCUAUGAAUUACCCAUUAGAAUAGACUGGCAGCAGUGGGAUGUGCAGGAAAAAAUGCCUUUAGAUCACAGUCACCCCCACCCCUUAUGCCUGCCUGAGUCCAUGUAG